GAGUAAUUAUCGCGAGACUACGAAACAACAAGGCAGAGAAAAUGGAAGGCUGUGCUAGCUUGCUGGCUAGCUGAGCAAAUCUAAUAAUAAUUGGAAACAAAUCGUUCAUAUACAAGCUACCAACACGUCAGUAUGGACCCAAUGGAAGAUAACAACAUCAUGAAUGAUUAUAAUUAUGAAGAACAGCCAGAGGAGGCCGGUUCGAGCGCAAGGCCAACCAUGUCUCAGGUUAAGAAGCACUGGGGCUUUAGGCGGUCAACAAUCGCCAAAAGGGAUUUCUUGGAUGAAGUCGGAGACCUAAUCAACAGUCCUCAAAUCGUACACAGAGGCAGAGCUCGUAGAGCCAACCAAACACCCCAGCCCUCUCCAGAAACCCAGAGAGUUUCUCGUGGGACCAGGAGUGUAAUAGAUGAUCUGGAGUGGUCUGCCCCAUCGUCACCUGUGUCAGAGGGGAGCAAGCCGCCCUCCGAAGCCUCAGCGGGAGGGAGCCUUGACCCCAGCUCAUGGCAGGAUUGCGGGUCUGCCUUCCACACUGCUUUCUCACUGCUUGGCGGAGGCGAGGGUUUGGCACUGGACAUGUCAGACACAGUGGCAAUACCUGACAAUUUGGAAGCCACUGAUUCCCUUGAAGCCCCGGCACCCCAACUCAUAGAAGAAACGGAGGUGCCUGAUGAUAUUGAAUCUGCUGAUGAGAUGGAAAUCUUGCAGCCUGUUGCACCUGACAAUGUGACAGGAGGACAAAAUGAUGAUGUUAUUUUGAUUUCUAGUCAAGAAGAGGACAGUGAUGAUAUGACUUUGAUACAGAUAAAGGAGAUGCUGGCUUUAAAAGGCAGAAAGGAAGACACACGAGGUAGAGGGGGUAGAGGUCGAAGAGGAAGAGGGAGAGGAAGAGGAAGAGGUAGGGGAAGAGGUAGAGGACGGGGCAGAGGUAGAAGCAGGGCAGUGGCGCUUCAAUCAAGCUUUGUUGCAGAAGAGGACAACAACAUUGAGCUUGUGCAAGUAAAUCCUGCUGAUCAGAUGCUGCAGCAAUUUCAAGACGUUGAAAAAGAAAAUGAUCCACAAGUCCCUCCUGAAAUAGAGAUGUCCUAUGAUAACUCUGACACCACUCUGAGUCCCACUCAGCCAUCCAGCUCAGACUGCAUCAUGAUAGACACUGACUUAGACCACAUUCCUGAUGUGACUCCUGGCCAGUACGAUGAUGCACCAGAGGAGGUGGAAGUGGAGGUGGUGGAGGAGAAGAAAGACGAUAAAGUUGUAGAAGAGUUUUCACAAAUAUUAGACACAGAAGGUCCAGACUCCAAUGCUCUAUACUGCACCUGUCGGCAGAAGCAAGAUAAAAGGUUCAUGAUCUGCUGUGACAGUUGCCAGGAUUGGUUUCAUGGCGACUGUGUUGGUAUCAGUGCGACACAGGGCCGUAAGAUGGAGAGGAAAAGGCAAGAGUACCUGUGCCCCCGUUGUACUACAAAGAAGCAGAUUCAACUCCAACCAGAGCCUGUGCCAGAGCUUAGCUUUCCUGAAUGCUUCACCAGUCCACCCAGUGAAGAACAGGAGGAGCAGCAGAAAGAACUCAAGGAGACUUUGUUUGUGGAGGAGGAGGAGCAGCAGCAGGAGAAGGAGGAAGCGGAGAAGGCUCCUGUGAUGAUGGGAAAUCUUGAGCCCAAUGCUGAGAUGGUGACAGGCAGCUCUCUUCCUCUGUGCAUUGGACCAGAGUGCUCCAAACAAGCCCUUCAAGACUCUGUGUACUGUGGCACUGACUGCAUCUUGCAGCAUGCCGCUUUCACUAUGAAGACUCUUUCUGUCCCUAAAGUACCGAAGCCCAGAGCACAGCCUCAGAGAAAAACUGCCCUUGCCAAACCCACCCCAACGGGUCAGAGGUCGUGCCGGAUGUCAAAGAGAUUAGCACAAAAGGCUGAGGAACGUGAAGAGGAGGAUGUGAGGGAAGACGAUGGAGAGCAGGAGGAGGCCGUGUCUCACUUAGCCUGCGACCCCAGUCUCACAGAAGCUCAGGCCCCUUCCAAACCAUCGUCUAAGUUUUACACGGCGUCUUUAAAUAACAAUGAACAAGAAAAUGCAGACAGUGAGGUUGCAACUCCUUCCAAACCACCUGCAGAUGAGACCUCGACUGAUGUUACCCCCUCUUCCCAGACUGCCCCUGAGACACCAUCGCCACAGAGCCACUCUGAAGAACAGGCAAAGGAGCCAACCAACAGUGCAGUGCCUCAACAGCAAUCUGCAGAAUCAGAUCCCUCUAUACCACCAAACACAACUAAAACGAGUGUGCCUCCUGCCCCACAAUCCCCCUCCACCUCAGCUCCUAGACAUCAUGAAACAGGGGCUCUUAUGGUCACUAAGACCGCGUACGUCAUACCAAAGAAGCAUCCUGCACCCCAGCUUCCGUCCAGCCACGCGUCAGCCUCAAUGUCAGGCCAGAAGCCUCCUUCAGCCCCAACGCUGAUGAACGAAACCAGAAAUCUGCUGGUGCCACCUGCACCCAGUGCUCCCUCCUCCAGACCCUCCCAGCCCAAUACCCAGAUCAGACAGAGCAUCCAGCGCUCCCUCACCAGCAUCCUGUUCAAAAGGGUGUGUGAUUGCGAGGACUUGGAGAUGUCUGAGAGCGAUAUAGCAAAGUUUGUUGCAAGCAUUGAGAUGGAGAUGUUCGACAUAUUUCGCAACACAGACAGCAAAUACAUGAACAAGUACAGAACUAUUAUGUUCAACCUGAAAGACCCAAAAAACAAGGGCUUGUUGUAUCGUGUGGUACGUGGAGAGAUCAGUCCCUUCAGACUGGCCAGGAUGAGCCAGAAGGAUAUGCAGGCUACCAAAGUUUCAGAGCCAAGUGCAAAAGAAACUACAGAGGUUAAGAAUGCAGCUGCUAAAGUGACAAGUUUGCCGCAGAAGCCUGAGGCAGUGCAGGUGGAUUUGCCCAGUUUGAAUCCCAGUAGACCUACUAGAAACGCGAUUGCUUUCCAGGAACCGAAGAAAAACCUUCCCGCUCCCAAAAGCAGAACAAGCCAGCCAAACCAGGGUUGUGCUGUACCAGAUAUGCUCUCCUGCAUGCUGAAGGACACAACAUCAGAGCACAAAGCUCAUCUCUUUGACCUGAAAUGCAAAAUAUGCACAGGUCAAAUGCUAGCUGGGGAAGAAGAGGAACCUGCAAAGAAAAAACCCAAGAUUUCUGAGACCAGACAUAAAUAUGAACCCUCUUGGAGAAAGUGUGCUGGAGAUGACUCUCCUCUGAGGGCCCCACCUGACUCACCUGACAUGGAUUCUCCAACAUCCUUUCUGGAUCAUUCAUCCUGUCUUAUCAUUGACGCUCCAACCCUGACUAUAGUUGAAUCCCCAGCAUCCCCUAUAAUGGAUUCUCCAGCCUCCCCUGUCAUGUAUUCCCCUGCUUCCCCAACUCCAGACACUCCUAAAACUACUAAACAAAAGAGAUCCUACACACCAGUUGUGAUCCCUGCAGUCUCCACAGUUACUAUCACAAGACGUGACCCCCGCACUGCCGCAAACAGGUCUCCUUCGUCUAGAGGCACAUCCAGUCCAAGUAACACCACCAAUAACCAAUCAGUAUCUUAUUCUCUUUGUGAAGACACUAUCUCUGCAUCGCCCUCAGCAGCAACGUCCCUGGGACCACCAACAAAACCAUUACCUAAGUCAAUCUUAAUGAAACCUUUGUCCUCUGCUGAUCCCCGACUUUAUGGCACAUCCUCAAGGACUGUGAUCUCUGAAUCCCCAGCUGAUGGUGAGACUUCCCAGUUCUUGGCUAAGCAGGAGAUAGUGUGGAAAGGAUUCCUAAACAUGCUCUCUGUGGCCAAGUUUGUCACCAAGGGAUAUCUGGUUUCCGGAACAGUUGAAAAUCUCAAAGCGGAUCUACCUGAUACCAUACAAAUAGCAGGACGAAUCCUGCCUCAAACAGUGUGGGACUAUGUUGCAAAACUAAAGACCUCUCUUACAAAGGAGUUAUGUGUGAUCCGGUUUCACCCUGCAACAGAGGAGGAAGAGGUGGCCUAUGUCUCCCUCUUUUCCUACUUCAGCAGCAGAGGUCGUUAUGGUGUGGUUGCCAAUGGCAGCCGUUCCAUCAAAGAUGUAUACCUUGUCCCACUCAGUGCAAAGGAAUCAAUCCCAUCCAUGCUCCAACCUCUGGAAGGACCAGGGUUUGAAAAAAAAAGGCCAAAUCUUCUUCUGGGUCUAGCUGUCAUCCAGAAGACAAAACGUCCAGGAAGCUUGCCUCAGGAAAUUGAAGAGAAGAGACCCAAAGUUCAUGUGUCUAAAGACCCUACGUGGAUCCCAAAACCCCCAAUGCUCUAUGGUUCUGACAAAUUGGAAAUAUUUCAACCCUAUGAUCCUGAGACUCCUUCUAGCACGUCCCCUCCUGGCUCCCCACUUCGUCCUGGGUCACCAUCAGGCUCGUCCUCUUCUGGAUCUGUUGCCCUAACUUCUGUAAGAACAAACCCUCCUGUCUCUACCUCAGCUGUGGUUGCUGCCAACCAGUCCACCUCUGAGAGUGACAAAAAUGCCACUACAGCAUCCAGUAAUAAGUCACCACUGCAGACCAUCUUGAAGAGUUUGUUCGGCAAUAAGACAACUGACUCUUCUGACGCACGUUCUACAACAGCAACAGUUUGCGUGGAAAAGGUCCCAGUGUUUUCUCAGGUGUCUCGAUCAAUGGUGGAUCCAAUUGUGCAACAAUAUGGACAGAAAUCCAAGGUCAAAAAAAUAGAAGAAGAAAAUGACUUCGACCGGCCAUAUGACCCAGAAGAGGAGUAUGAUCCAGCCAUGGGAUAUGAAAUGGUUACUCCUCAAAACAUUGAAAAAAUGAAGGCAGAUGAUCCUGCAGUAUCAGGCUGUGUAGACGAUGAUGUGGCCUAUGAUCCAGAAGACGACACUAUCUUUGCAGAUAUGCAAAGUGAAAUUGCUGUGACGAAGCCCCCUGCUCAAACUCAGACGUCAGAUGCUCCAACAUUCCCAACCCCAAUUUCCACACAGAUUGUAACACCAACUCCCAACUCCACUACCGUGCAAUCCUCUACCCAAGCUGUAGUAAUGCAGAACAUUCCUACAGGCACUGUGGUUGUCUCAGCAGCAACACUAACUGAACAACAACGAAUGCUUGAGGAGCUCAAUAGGCAGAUUGAAGAGCAAAAACAGCAAUUGAAGGAGCAGGAAGAGGCCUUACGUCAACAGAGAGAGGCUGUGGGUAUUUUUAUGGCUCAGUUUUCUGUUUCUGAUUCCCUGAUGUCUCCCACACAAAAAGUUUUGUCUCUCAGUCAACUGUCAGAAUCAACAGACAAGACCAGCAACAUAACAGAGACUGUGGACAGUUCAAAUGUAGAUACACAAACUGUUAAACAAGACACAACUCUCCCACCUAAUGUAGAAAAUGAUGCAGAAACAGUCACAGAGGAAGAUAAAACACCGGCUGAUGUUAAGGAAAGUGACAAAUAUUCCUCUGCGGGUGAAAUUGAAGAUUCUGAUGUAGCUUAUGAUCCUGAAGACGAAUCACUUUUUGAUGAAAUUCAAGACGAUGUUUUUCAAGGAGGCAGUAUAAAGACGCAUGAUUUAUCUUUGUUGAGAACAGGGCAUAGUGCCUCUCACAAGGGCAAUCCUCUGAAUUCAUCCCACAGCAGAAAGAGAAGGUUAUCACCAAAAAGGCGGAGUCAUCAUGAAAGGAGCCGUAAUAGAAGUCCUUCUAAAAGAUCACAUCGACGUUCUCCUUCACAUCCCCGGAGACAUAAAGAAAAGGAUAGACACAGAAGAAGUGAAAGGGACAGGUCAAGGCAUAGAGCCAGAGACCAGUCUGACCGCCAAGGUCGCCCACGUAAAGAGCAUACCCCACGGCGACAUUCUCAUGGGCGUAGAAGAUCCCCGUCAUCUCCUAGAAAAACAGAUUCUGGGUCCUUAUUGCCAGAAUGGCACAGAGGUCCUUCGCCUCAAGUCCUUGAGAAAUCCAAGCCUUUAACUGUUCUGUGUGAUGCUCCACACUCUUUAGACUCUGUUGAUGAACAAUUUCUAAAUAUUAACCAAUCAUCAUCCAACUCAGUUUCUAUUCAAAAUGAACCUCCUGGUGGACAUCCGCUUAAAGGUAAUCUUGUUGAGAGUGUUGAUAAAGGCUUUUCUCCCUCUUCACAUGAACUUCUUCACAAUGUAAAGCUUAAGACUUUAGAAUAUCCAAAAUCCCAAGAGCCUCAAAAAACUUCUGUCAGUGGCAACACAGAUAGUGGUUCCUCUACACAGAAAACUCUGUUUAGCAAAUUUGAAAUUCCAGUUCCUCUACGUGAAACUGAUCCGCCCAUUCGAGAUUCUCCUCAAAGCCCUGAUCCAGAGCCGCAGUUUGUCAAACCUUUUAGCACAGAAACGCAGGCCCCUAAAAUUGAGGAGAUCAGAGAUCCUCAGACCCUUACCAGUGUCUCGAUGCUACAUCAUGAAGUAGAAAGUAAUUGUUUGCCUAUUGGUGAUCAAGCAACAAUGUACAAUAUAAUGUGGCCAACUGUUGGAGGUGACUUAGUUCUAGAAGGGCAAGGUGUCAAAGAUAAGGUUAUAAAAGAGGCAGACAAACAGAUAGAAGGGGGAGAUCCAGGCUUAAAGCAUCCUGAAAUACUGGGUCAAGGGGAGGGGCAUUCAAAUCGUGCUAUAGGCUCAGAUAUUCAGGUCUCAGGAACUGAACAAGAUCCUGUGACAAAACAGCCAGGACCUGGUGUAAGUGGUCCAGGUAUUAUGGAUUCAAAAUCAUAUUUGAAAAAACGUGGACAUAUGGAACCACAGAUUGAUUUUAGAGUAACAGGAACUGGAUCCCCAGGCCCCAAUAUGAGAGGUCCAGGCAUGCAAGGAAAGAGUACCACCAUUUGGGGUCCUGGAUCACAAACACAAGACUUGGCAUGUCCAGGCCCUGAUGUGAUGCAUAGUGAGACAGGAAUGAGGGGACAAAUGCUUGUACCAGCUGUUAUAAAUUCAUGUGGGGAAAGGUCAGAUCUACAGAACAAGAGUAGAGAUCUAGUCAUGAAGGACCCUUCGUCAUAUAGACCUGAAGCUGACAUAAGGGGCACACGGGAGCCUUUAUUAGCUCAUGGUAGCCUAAGGGGCUCGGAAAGAGUUCAAAGGCAAUCAAGGCACGAUGGCAGUCCAGUUUUAAGGGAACGGGGUCCUCCAAUUAGGGUUUUUCAGCCACAUGAAAGAGAUUCAGGAGUGAGCAUGGUGGGUGGUUGUCCAGAAAUGAGUUUAGGUUCAAAUUUAAUUAAAGAUUCAGAGGGUAGACUUUUAAGAGCAGAGCAACCAUCGGCAGCAAUGACAGAUGAGAGGUGGGGACUACAAAAAGGGCUAAAUGUACCCAUGAGAGGACCAGGGCCAAACAUUAAUCAUCAAAGUGGUGGUUCUAACAUACCCUUCUUUGGAGAAGACAGUGGGCCGAGAGAACCUUUUAAGAAGACAAGUCCCGGCAUGACUGGAAAGAGUGCGCAUGACCCUGAAAUGAAAGAAUCAGAAACUAUGCAGGAAUUAAUAAUGCCAAAUACGACACAAAGAGGAAGUUACAUGGGCCCUGGUCAAGAUAUUGGUAGUAUGGGUGGCUCAGAUACAAGGCGAGAUGGCAUGCUUAACAUUAAAACUCAUGGUUGGGGUGGUUCAGGUCCCUUUGUCGGUCCCGAUUUGAGGGGUCAAACAAGGCAAAAUAUAGGCCUGUGUCUUAAUAUCAGAGGUAUAGAUUGUGAUGACCAAGGAACAGUGAUAAGAGAUGAUUGCAGAGGGACAGAUUUGCGAGGAUCAGGUCCAGCCAGAGAAGGGCCAUUUAUUCAAGAUGAAUGGAGAGUCCCUCAGUCUAACAGUAGAGGUCCAAACCCGGAGAGCCAGGUGGGUCCGAAUUUCAUUGCACCAGGGGGUCCAGAAUUUGUGAGACCAGGACUUGAAAGGGUAGGUCUAGCUAUGGAGGGUCUGCAGCCUUCCAGUAGAGGACCUUGGGGUCCAGAUUUUAGAGGACCAGGAUCUGAAAGGAAUGAUCAGGAUAUGAUGGGUCAGAGGCCUGACAGGAGAGUACCUAGAGGGCCAGAUUUUAGGGGACCAAGGCCUGCAAGCAGAGGCUUAUCUAUGGAGGGACCUGGACCUGACAGGAGAGGACCUGGAGGUCCAAAUUUCAGGGGACCAGGACAUGAAAGGAGAGGUCCAGCUAUGGAGGGUCCUGGGCCUGAAAGGGGAGUACCUAGAGGUCCAGUUUAUAGGGGAGAAGUGCCAGAGAGCAGAGAAUCGUCGAUCGAGGGUCCUGAAAGUAGAAGUCUCGCUAUAGAGGGUCCUGGGCCUGAGAGGAGAGGGCCAGAAGGUCCAGAUUUCAGGGAAGCAGGACAUGAAAGAAGGAGUCGAGCUAUGGAGGGUCCUGAGCCUGACAGAAGGGGACCUGGUGGUCCAGAUUUCAAAGGACCAGGACCUGAAAUAAGAGGUCAAGCUAUGGAGGGUCCCUGGCCUGACAGGAGAGGGCCAGGAGGUCCAGAUUUCCAAGGAACAGGACUUGAAAGAAGAUGUCCAACUAUGGAGGUUCCCUGGCCAGACAGGAGAGGGUCAAAAGGAUCGGAUUUCAGAGGACCAGGACCUGAAAGGAGGGGGCCAGCUAUGGAGGGUCCUGGUCCUGACAGGAGAGGUCCCGGAGGUCAAGAUUACAGGGGACCAGGACCUGAAGGUAGAGGUCCAGCCAUGGAGGGUCCUGGGUCUGACAGGAGAGGGCCUGGAUGUCCAGAAUACUGGGGACCAGGGCCUGAGAGGAGUGGUCCAGCUUUUGAAGGUCAUGGGCCUGACUGGAAAGGACCUAGAGGUCCAGAUUUCAGAGGACUGCCGGGACCUGAAAGUAGAAGUUCAGCAAUGGGAGGUCCUGGGCCUGACAGGAGAGGACCUGGAGGUCCGGAUUUCAGAGGAACAGGACCUGACGCAAGAGGUCCAGCUAUGGAACGUUUUGGGCCUGACAGAAGAGGACCUAGUGGUCCAGAUUUCCGAGAACCAGAACCUGAAAGAAGAGGUCCAGCUAUGGAGGGUCCUGCGCCUGACAUGAGAAUCCAUGGAGGUCCAGAUUUUAAAGGACCAGGUCCUGAAAACAGAGGCUUAUCUAUGGAGGGACCAGGGCAUGACAGGAGGGGAUCCCAAGGUCAGGAUUUCUUGGGACCAUGGUCUGAAUGUAGAAACUUAUCUAUGGAUGGACCUGGGCCUGACAGGAGAGGUGCUAGAGGUCCAGGUUUUAGAGAAUCAGGACCUGAGAGAAGAAGCUUAUCUAUGGAGGCUCCAGGACCUGGCAGAAGAGGACCAGGAGGUCCAGAUUUCAGUCGACCAGGAUCCAAUAUGAGAGGUUCUGGUAUCACUGGUUGUGGGCCUUACACGGGAGAAUCAGAAGUUCCAGACUUUAGUGGUCCAUGUAUAGUAGGUCCAGGGCCUCGAGGUAGAGGACAGGAAGGAUUACCUGAGGGUCCAAAUUUUGGAAGACUUGGGUCUGAAAGCAGAAGUUCUUCUUUGGAGCAUCCUGGGCCUGACAUUAGAGGACCUGGAGGUACAGAUUUCAGUGCACCAGGAACUUUAACUAGAGCUCAAGCAAUGGAAGGUUCUGGGCCUGACAUGAGAGGAACUGGAGGUCCAAACAACAGGGGACGACAAGGCUUUGGUAUGGAGGGUCCAGAUUCCAACAGGAGAAUGCCAGAUGGUCCAGACAUGAGGAAACCAGGGCAUUCAGGUCCAAACAAAGAGAGACCAGGGCCUGAGAGGAGAGAAGGUCCACAUUUUAGAAGUCUUGGUCCAAAUAGAAGGCUUCCAGAGACAGAGGAAAACUCUAACAACAGGGACAUUCCAGGUGGCCAACACUUUAGGGCAGACAUAGUGGGUCCAGGUUGUGAUAGAAGACAUCCAUACUUAAGAGCAGUUAGGCCUGAAAUAAAUGUUAUGGAGGUUCCAGAGCUUAAUAAUCCAUAUCCAAGAGGUCCAGAUUUUAGAGGGACAGGUUGUGAAAGUAGAGGUCCAGACACUGAGUACCCAGGGCCUGGCAGACAAGGACCAAGAGACUUAGGCUUCCGAGAGCCUGGACUUGAAAGAAGAGGUUCAGAUUUAGAGGGCCAAGGGCCAGAUUGUGGAAGAUCAGGGGGUCAAGACUUUAGGGGCCCGGGAAUCAGGCACAUAAGUCCAAAUAGAGAAGGUAUGAGACAAAGAACAGACGACUGGGGAGAGGCUGACCAUGGAGGAUCAGAACUUAUCCAAGAACCUAUCUCUCGAAACUUGAGGGGUUCAAGGCCUAUGAGGGGAAACAUAAGAGGAUGUGUGCCAGAUAUGAGAAGUUUCAGGGGCUCUGCACCUGAUAUGAGAGGCCCAGACACAGGGGAUCAAUGGUCAGAUGGAAGAGGGCCCACUAUGGAGGCUGUAGUAAAUGAAGUAGAAUGUUCCGGAGAUGAUUGGAAAGGACAUGGCAACAGGGGUCCAGGCCCAAACCUAGAAGUUCCAGUUGAGCAUGUUCAAGCUCAUACUAGGCAAGGUCCUCGAAGGGAAUGGAGUGGUCCUGAAAGUAUUGAACCAAGGCCCAUACAAGAAAGACAAAAUGUGCCAUUUCUCAGGCCUUUGAGAGGUCCAGGAGAUGAUUGGAGUGACCAGGGUGACCCAGAUAUGACAUUCCUAGGGCCUGGUAGGGGAGGGGGUGGAAGGAGAGAGCCAGAUCGAGGGUUUAGGCCCAACAGAAGAAGGACUGGGCACUUUUUUGGUAGGCAAAGCGAUACAGACAAUAGUGGACAAGGCCAUAAGAUAAGAGAUCCAAGCAUGAGAGCACCAGGAUCAGAGAUGAGAUGGGGUCAAGAUAUGGGGGAUGACUGUAGGCAGCAAGACUUCAGUGGUAUUAUGAGAGGGGGACUAGGAUCUGAAAGGCAGGUAGACAUGGAAAACCCUGGAACAGGUAGACAAGGAUUUCAGCUUGACUUUAGGAGGGAAAUGAGGGGUCCAGACAUGAGAAGAAUAGGACAUGGUGAGACCCAUACUAGGGAGCAAGGACCUGGAAGUUCAGAUGUAAGACAUGGGCCUGGGAGGUGGCAUAAAGAUACGGAGGGCCCUGGGUCUGAUAGGAGAGGUCCAGGCAUAAUGGGCCCAGGUUUAGAUUCAAGGGGAUCUAAACCCCCCAUAAACAAUGACAUGCAAGGAUCAGAUAUAAGGGGCAUCUCGCCUCAUUUCAAUGGUCCUCAUCAGCCCCAGUCACACAGAGUUGCCUUACUUCCUACUCCAACAGGUCUCAUGCGCUUUCCAAAUCGUAUAAUUAAUCCUGAUGUUUUUAGCCUCAAUCGAAAACAAAUGGGUAGUCCAACUGAUAGAGAGUGUAGACCAGUACGUAGACCAGUGACUCAAGAGAGAGAGUUGGUUAAAGGGCCAAGCAAGGAUCAGGAAAAAGAUCCUGCUUGUGAAAUAAGCAAACCUAAAGAUGCAAGCCCAGGGGUAAGAGAUGACAAAAUGGAAGUGAGGAAUGAAGGUGAAAAAAUCAAUACCAAGCCAAGAUAGACAGGCUAAAAGCGCAUUCCUCAGGACAGCAAGUACAAGAACUUUUCCUGUGGAAACGCCUACAUUAAAUGACAAUGAGACUGAGAGCUUAACACACUUUGAAUGUAUUUCUUUUAAAAGACCUACAGACACGCACAUUUUGAUUUGUCUUGUCGAAUUCAAAUGAUUUGAGUUUAUUUUUGUAAUAUGUGCUGACUAAAUGCUACUUCAUUUAAACAGUUACUUGUAAAUUCAAUUCAUGUUAAAUCUAGUUGGAAACACUGUUUUGUACAGAAAAUGUGUUUUUUAAAAGCCAGAUUUUUUGUUGUUGUUAUUAUUGUUUUUCAUCAUGACCAUAGAGUCAGCCGUGGCUUUAAUGUUCUGUUGUUUAAAGGGAUCAAUUACAUUGUUCUUUCGAAAUACAUAAAGUCAAUAAAAAUGAUAUUCCCCGUUUUAAA